AUGGCGGAAGCUUCUGUAGAAUUUCUGCUACAAAAUCUGAAGGACCUGCUUUUAUACAAUGCUCAUCUGAUUCUUGACGUUAAGGAAGAAGUGAAUUCGCUGUACAACAAUCUUGAUUUGUUCAAAUCCUUACUCAAGGAUGCUGCAAAAAUCCGGAACAAGAAUGAUUUCUUAAAAACUACAAUGAACCAAAUCAGAGACGUUGUAUAUGAAGCAGAAGAUAUUAUAGACAGAUUUGUUUUUGAGUCAGCUGCACGCAAGGCCCAGGGUAGAGUGGAGAAGGCUUUAAAUAUACUUGAUCAUACCAAAAUGCGUCAACGUGUGGGGAAAGAGAUCAAGUCCAUCAGCACUGAGGUGAAAAACAUACAUGACGACAAGAAGGAGUAUGUAGUUAAGGCCCUGCAGCAAGAAGAAGAGGGACAUGCAGGAAACAGAAAAAAGAGAGAGGCUCCCAUUGUAGAGGAAGACAACGUGGUGGGCUUUAAAGAUGAGGCAGAAAAAAAAAUGACUGGAGCAAUAUUUCCAUGGUUUCGAGUGGCACAAGCUCUCCUGGCAUUUUUCAUGGAAGACCGUGAUAAUAUGUGA